AUGGGCAAGCGGAAGCGUAGUGGACGCGAUACAGCGUCAAGUGUCCUGCUCAAACAAGAGGCGCAUCAUCCAAAUGUGCUGUCUGGACGGGUAGUGAUUCCGCAGAAGCGUUGGUAUAGACAACGCGCACAUGCGAACCCGUUUUCCGACCAUUCGCUUGCAUAUCCAUCACAACCUAGUGAAAUGGACUGGUCUGUGCAUUAUCCAGAAAUGUGUGCCAAAAAUGCGCCCGAGCAGAGAAAGGUCGAGUUCGCGGACAUUGGAUGUGGAUUUGGCGGUCUACUGAUGCGUCUUGCGCCAUUAUUCCCUGAUACACUCAUGUUGGGCAUGGAGAUACGUGCACAGGUGACACAAUAUGUCGAGGAUAAAAUUCAAGCGCUACGUCUGGCACACAAGCAAUCUAAGAAUGCAGGUCUUGAGUCGGAGCAGGGGCAACAGCAGCAAGAGCAGGAGCUAGAUGCUGAGGACUCAACGAGUGCUGAUCCAAACGACGAAGACUCCGAGGAACGACGGCACAAUGAAUCGCUCGUCAAGCAUGCAGGUGAUGUUCCAGGAGGCUACGAAAAUGUCAGUGUAAUUCGCACAAAUGCCAUGAAAUUUCUACCGAACUUUUUUGAGCAGGGUCAACUCACAAAGAUUUUUUUCUUGUUCCCAGAUCCGCACUUCAAAGCUCGCAAGCACAAAGCGCGCAUCAUUUCACCCACUUUACUCGCAGAAUAUGCAUAUGUUCUGCGCCCUGGAGGCAUUGUGUAUACGGUGACGGAUGUGCGGGACUUGCAUGAAUGGAUGGUCAAGCAUUUGACAAACUUUCCACUGUUUCAUCGCAUUCCAGACGACGAUGCAUCCUUGCAGCAUGAUCCCUGUGUUGAUGCAGUGAUGCAUAGCACUGAAGAGGGACGCAAGGUCGAACGGAAUGAAGGGGACAAGUACUUCGCUGCGUUCGUGCGACUAGAUGACCCGCCCGUUGGCGAAGAGUAA